GAGCUGUGACGCCGCGUGGCCCCUGCGCCCCGCGCCGACGCCGCCGUCGACACACCAUGGACUUUGACGCGAACCAGUGGGAGAUGGCCCAGCAGCAGAUGCAGAACUGCGACCCGGAGCAGAUGAAGGCCCAGGCGCGCAUGAUGAAGAACAUGGACAAGGACAACCUGCGGCGCAUGAACCCCCAGUUCGCGAACAUGAGCGACUCGGAGAUCGACAUGGCGGCGUCGCAGAUGGAGAUGAUGGCGAGUAACCCGGCCAUGCUCAAGAUGGCCGCGGCGCAGAUGGGCGGCAUGAGCCACGGCCAGGCGCGGGCGCAGAUGAAGGCCGUGCAGGGCGCGCGCGGCAAGAAGAAGGGCGGCGCCGCCCUCGCCGCGGGGUACAAGGUCGGCGACCGCGUCGAGCUCAAGGGCCUCAAGGGCGCCGCGGAGCACAACGGCAAGCACGGCACGGUCACGGGCGGGCAGAACGACCGGCUCAAGGUGCUCCUCGACGGCUCGGACUCGAAGACGCUGGCGCUCAAGCCCGCGAACCUGGACAAGCUCGCGGGCGACGACGGCGCCGCGGACGUGCCCGCCGGCGGGCUGGACCUGGACGCGCUGCCGAACAUCGACGCGGACCAGCUCAAGCAGGCGUCGGAGGCGAUGAAGAACGCGGACCCGGAGCAGAUGAAGGCGCAGGCGGCGGCGAUGCGCAACAUGGACCCGGCGACGAUCCGGUCCAUGAACCCGCAGAUGGCCCACAUGUCCGACGCGCAGAUCAAGGCCGCGGCGGACCAGAUGGACGCCAUCGCGGGCAACCCGGAGAUGAUGAAGAUGGCGAUGGAGCAGAUGGAGAACAUGCCGCCCGAGGUCCUCGAGCAGCAGAUGAAGAUGAUGCAGAACAUGUCAAACGAGGAGAAGCAGCAGAUGCAGGAGGCCAUGGGCGGCAUGAUGGGCGGCGGCGGCAUGCCGCCGGGCGGCGGCAUGCCCGACGCGGAGACGGCGUCGAAGAUGAUGGCGAACAUCUCCGAGGAGCAGAUGGGCUCGAUGAUCGACAUGGUCAAGAAGAACCCGGACAUGAUCAAGUCCAUGAUGAAGUCGAACCCCAUGACCGCGGGCAUGGACGAGGCCGCCAUCGACAAGCAGCUCGAGAUGCUCGACAAGCUCGACCCGGAGACCGUGAAGAAGUUCGUCGGCUACGCGCAAAAGGCGCAGAAGGUCUUCGGCCCGCUCAUCGCCCUCUACGCCAAGGUCAACCGGGCCGUCGGCGGCAAGCUCGCGCAGAUCCUCGGCGCGUCGCUCGUCGCCGUCGUCGCCUUCUACGUGUCCAAGUGGACGGGGCUCCUCGCCUACGGCGCGCCCGCCGCCGACGCGCCGCCGGUGGACCUCGCGGGCCUCAAGGACGCGGCUGUCGAGGCCGUCGAGUCCGUCACGGCCGCCGUCAACGGCGGCGAGGACGACGACAUCAUGACCGUGGAGGACGCGCGCGAGGAGGAGCCGAACGACGACGACCCGCUGCGGCGGCGCCCGCGGCGGCGGCGGCCGCGGCGCGCGCGCGCGUUCCUCGCCGUCGCCUUCGUCGUCCUUUGCGGCGGCGCGAGCUACGCCGCCGUCGCGUGCCGGAGCCGCGCGCUCCGGGUCGCGGAGCGCAUCGGGUCGCUGCCGCCGCUCGAGGCCGACGCGGCCUACGUCGCGCUUUUGGCGGUUUGGCUCCUGUGCCUGCUGCCGACGUCGGUGCUCGAGGUCGCCGCGGGCUUCAUCCUGGGCUUCUGGCGCGCGGCGCUCUGCUCGACGCUCGGCAAGUUCCUCGGGUCCGUGACGUCGUUCGGCAUCGGCGCCUACGGCUGCCGCGACGCCGUGCGCGCGCACGUCAUCGGCGGCGACGCGGCCCAGGAGAGCGGCUACCUCCGGGGCCUGGAGCUGGCGCUCCAGCGCGAGCCCUUCGGGACGUGCCUCGCGCUGCGGCUCGCCUACGUGCCGGAGGCCGUGCAGAACUACGUGCCCGCGGUCUUCGACGCGCCCUUUGUGGCGUUCGCGGCGGCGACGCUCGUCGGGUCGUCGCUCUACGCGCUCCUCUGGGCCAAGCUCGGCAGCCAGCUGAGCUCCGCGUCGGACGUCGGCGCCGACGGCAUGUCGCCGGAGAAGGUCCUCUUCAUGUGUCUCGGGGCCGCGGGCCUCGCGGCCGUCUUCGGCCUCGCCCACUGGAACUCGAAGCGCGUCAUCGCGCGGUGGAACGCGCUCGAGGUCGUCGCCGACGCGGGCCGCGACGGCGCGCCGGCGCCGAAGCCGCCCGCGGGCUACGCGGCGGCGCCCGCGGACACGCGACGAGCCGUCGUGUAA